UAGAUGGCAUGAGAUGGAAUGGAGGAGGUGCCGGAAACAGGAGCGGUAUUCACGUUCGGUAAGAGCAGGUUCGGAGACGACAACGCCAACAAGUUUUGGGUAAAGAAUGACCCAGUUGUUGCAGUCGCUUGCGGGGAUGAACACACUGCUGUAGUCACGUCAACAGGGCGAUCGUACACGUUUGGUAGCAACCAGUGGGGUCAGCUAGCGUUGGGACAUACCCGACAAACGAAUAAACCAAGUUUUGUAAAAAGCUUGAAAGGAAAGCAAGUGGCUCAUGUAGCCUGUGGGAGGACUCACACCUUGAUCGCCACCAAGAGUGAGGUGUACGGAUGUGGUGGAAAUGGGGAACAUCAGGUUAACGAGUCUACAGAUGACGAAGUACUGACCCCCUUCCUCCUGCCUACUCUCUCUGGUAUUCUAGUAAAACGUCUCUCUUGUGGUGUGGAACACUCCCUGGUGCUGGGGCACUGUGGAGAUGUGUAUUUGUGGGGAGGUGGUUCAGAGGGACAGUUAGGGAUGGGGGCUAAUGUUUCCGAGCUUCUUAAACCUACUGUGUUGCAGAAAUCCUUGUUCCAGUUCACAGACGAGAAGAUAAAGGAUGCCUCAUGUGGGUACUACCACACCGGCCUGGUCACACAGUCUGGUAAAGUGUUCACCUUCGGAGAGAACGACAACGGAAAGUUAGGACUCGGAGAAGAUGCUGAUGAUACUUAUCAUGUCCCUCAGCCGGUGUUCCUAGUUGACGUAGCAGAGCGGAUAUGUUGCGGUAACACGUGCACAGCUGUGAUGACGUCAUCAGGGGGACUGUACAUGUGUGGGGAUGGACAGAGGGGUCAGCUGGGUUUCGCUCCUAACACUCUCACUAAGUGUGUCUACACUCUUACCAAGGUGCCAUGCCCCCCGAUAGUAGACAUAUCAGUAGGAGAGGGGCACACAGCAGUUGUAUCUAAAUCAGGGCACCUUUACACGUUUGGUGACGGUAGACAUGGUAAACUGUGUCACGGCGACAAUAACUUUGCAACACUACAUAGCCCCUACUUGGUGGAAUCGUUCAGUACGAUAGCAACAGUUCAGACAGUAGCGUGUGGAGGAUGUCACACCAUGGUUAUCGCUAAAGCUGGUCGUCCGUUUCAAGACGAUAAGAAAGUAUCUACUGCCCGGUCGAAACGGCACGGCAAAGGGGCUAGAUUAAAUGACUCACGGGAGCCACCCUCACUUCCGGCUAUCAAACAUGGCGACGACAACAAAGAGAACAACCUUAACAACAUUCAGAUCGUGCAGGAAAACGUCAAAACUCUUGAGAGCGCGCUGAAUGAGAGUCCUAAGAAGAUAGUCAAUCUGGAUAAAGGCGAGAAAAAGGAAACUGUAGAGAAAGCAGAAGUUGAUAAAACCCCAAGCAUAGACGAGAAAAAUAAGAAAAAAUUCGACAAGGAAAAGGAAGACGAAGGAAAGAAGAAAGUUGAAGAAAAGAAGAAAGUGGAUGAAAAGAAGAAAGUGGAAGAAAAAAAGAAUUUAUCGGAUAAGAAGAUCGUUGAAGAAGAUUCGGGCAGUGAAACAGAUGAACCGGGCGCCACUAGCGAUGUUACAGACUCAGAGGCAGAUUCAGAGUUAGAGGAGGAGGAGGACGAUAGAACAGCAGGGAGCGGAGGAGGAGGAGGUUUUAUGGAUAAUAUCAUGAGUAUAGAUCAGCUGGAACCUGCUGGCAGUGCAGAGGAGAGUGUUAAACCUAGCAGUGUGAUCCAAGUCAAGAGCUCGGAGGUGAAGCAGUCAAAAUCUGAACCUUUAACCAAGGAAACGGUUACCAAGGAAACGGAUGCAAACAAGAAACCAGAGUCCGCCAGAAAGAAGGAAGUUGCUUCUAAAAUAACUGAUCAGCCUAUUGUUGAGGAGUCAUCCGAGUAUGAAACUGAAACUGACGAAGAAGGGGAGUACGAGGACGAAACAGAAGAUGAGACAGAAGAUGAAAAAGUAGACAAGAAGGAAGAACCCGUGAAGACGUUGGUGGGAGAGAUGCCAUCUGAGAAGAAGAAGAAGAAGGACGACGAGAUAACAAAGGAUGAACCGACCACUUCCGGGACUAACCCUAAGCCAGCAGAAGAACCGGCUCCGUCAAAAUCCCAAAAAGAGCCGAGCAAGUUCAUGUUUUGGAAGAAAAAGCCUAAAAAAGAAGAAAAACCGGUGAUCCCUGCAACCCCUGGAACUCAGAAUAGCUCCAAAGCUUGUGUAAUUUUGUAGUUUGAUCCGUAAAGCUCAAUGUUAAUAAUUAAUAAAUAAUAUUAUGUUAAUGUCAGACAUUUUAGGAAACUGUUUAGUAGUUAAGUAAACUGGCUUUGUUAUAUGCGAUAAUGCAGUGAUUUGUUUGCGUCCUGUGCUGUGCGUGUACAUUUACAAAAGAACGUGCUAUGCGUGUACAAGAGCGCGCGGUACUUCAGAUUUUAACUAGUUUUUACAUGAAACCAUAUAUCAGAUAAUUUAUUUUUGGAUGAAGUGUGUAUAAAGCUGUACAGUAUUAUAGUAAAUUAUUCGUUACAUAAUUUUUAACGUUGGUUACAUAAUACUUUAUUGUCAUAUUGAUUUAAAGCAUAGUAAUGUUUCAUAGGUAUACGUGUGAAGCGGGCUUUGCACCAGAAGUAAUUAGUACAAUUAGUAUUACUACGGGCACAUUCCACAUUAAUUAGUAUUUUAGUAACUUUACCACCCCUGGGUAUGGACUAUGGAGUUUAGAUUGUUAAUGUUGUUUUCAAUCUUGCUUAUGUCAGAUUUGAAUAAAACAGUCAUAUUGCACCUUUGAAUAAUAAUUCAUGUAUUUAAAAUCAAUCAAAAGUAGGAGCAGGUUAACAAUCUGUAAUUUUACGGUAUGAAUUAAAAGUAUGUCAAAUAUAAAAUAAUUUAAUUACCGUUACACUGACUAUAUAAUAAUAAAACUUGUGAUUGAUUAUCUGAGUCUUCGUUAACGAUAAAAAAUGCCACCACCUACUUCAAGUUCAAGUGCAUAUUUAAAGGGGAGACGGAUCUUAAUGAUUAUUAACUUAAAAACCACAUUUAUAUUUGGAGUUGAACUAAAUAUCAGCUAUCCUGAAUCAAAGUUAACAAGACUAUUUACUAUAGUACAAAAAUGAUAUUUUUUAGUUAGUUGAAGAUGUAAUAAACCAUAAAUUGGCGGUUUACAAUAAGUCUAAACUUCUGUUAUAUUAGUAUGACUAUGUACAUAGUUAAUUAAAUUUAAAUGGUGUAGGGCGUAGGCAAUAUGGUAAUCUAAGAUUUAACUUCUGUAUAAAGAAUUAAAUAUAAACUGCUGAAUUCAAUUGUAACAUGAUUC